CGGUCGCUGCCGAAGGCGAGCUCGGAUCCGCGAGCGCCACCAAGGCAGCAGCCGCCGCAGCCGCCGCCGCUGUGCUGUGGAGCCGGAGACGCGGGCGGACGAGGUGGCGGCGGCGGCGGAGCGGGAGCGGGGAGCGGACGCGGGCGGAGCGCGGCGGCGCGGGUGUAUUCCAGAGAACAAUUUUCAGACAUCUUUGCUUAUAUUUGACAUUGAGCAGUCAGGGGAUUCAGGCAUAUGAGGAGGUACUGUCACACAAAACAGUGUCUAGUGAAGACGACAAGAAAGAGAGAAAAGGAUCGGAAAAAGAAGCUAAAAUACCAUAGGAAACCAUGAGAUCUAUUAGAUCUUUUGCCAAUGAUGAUCGCCAUGUUAUGGUGAAACAUUCAACAAUUUAUCCAUCUCCAGAGGAACUUGAAGCUGUGCAAAAUAUGGUGUCUANNGUUGAAUGUGCUCUUAAACAUGUCUCAGAUUGGCUGGANGAAACAAACAAAGGCACAAAACCUGAGGGGGAGACAGAAGUAAAGAAAGAUGAGGCUGUGGAAAACUAUUCCAAGGAUCAAGGUGGCCGGACAUUGUGUGGUGUAAUGAGGAUUGGCUUGGUUGCAAAAGGCUUGCUGAUUAAAGAUGAUAUGGACCUGGAGCUAGUCUUAAUGUGCAAAGACAAACCCACGNAAACCCUGUUAAAUACAGUAAAAGAUAACCUUCCUAUUCAGAUUCAGAAACUAACAGAAGAGAAAUACCAAGUGGAACAAUGUAUAAAUGAAGCAUCCAUUAUAAUUCGGAACACGAAAGAGCCAACACUGACUUUGAAGGUGAUACUUACUUCCCCUCUAAUUAGGGACGAAUUGGAGAAGAAGGAUGGAGAAAAUGUUAUGAUGAAAGACCCUCCGGACUUAUUGGACAGGCAAAAAUGCCUGAAUGCCUUGGCUUCUCUUCGACAUGCCAAAUGGUUUCAGGCAAGGGCAAAUGGAUUAAAAUCAUGUGUAAUUGUCCUCCGCAUUCUGCGUGAUUUGUGCAACAGAGUACCCACAUGGGCACCAUUGAAAGGAUGGCCACUAGAGCUUAUAUGUGAAAAGUCUAUAGGUACUUGUAAUAGACCUUUGGGCGCUGGGGAGGCCUUGAGACGAGUAAUGGAGUGUUUGGCAUCUGGAAUACUACUUCCUGGUGGUCCUGGUCUUCAUGAUCCUUGUGAGCGAGACCCAACAGAUGCUCUAAGCUAUAUGACCACUCAGCAAAAAGAAGAUAUCACCCAUAGUGCACAGCAUGCACUUAGACUAUCAGCCUUUGGCCAGAUUUAUAAAGUGCUGGAGAUGGACCCUCUUCCGUCUACUAAGCCUUUUCAGAAGUAUUCCUGGUCAGUUACUGAUAAAGAAGGUGCUGGGUCUUCAGCUCUAAAGAGGCCAUUUGAAGAUGGAUUAGGGGAUGAUAAAGAUCCCAACAAGAAGAUGAAACGAAACUUAAGGAAAAUUCUGGAUAGUAAAGCAAUAGACCUUAUGAAUGCCCUAAUGAGAUUAAAUCAGAUCAGGCCCGGGCUUCAGUAUAAGCUUUUGUCACAAUCUGGCCCGGUCCAUGCCCCAGUGUUCACAAUGUCUGUAGAUGUGGAUGNCACAACAUAUGAAGCCUCAGGACCAUCCAAGAAAACAGCAAAGCUUCAUGUGGCAGUGAAGGUUUUACAGGCAAUGGGAUACCCAACAGGUUUUGAUGCAGAUAUUGAAUGUAUGAGUUCCGAUGAAAAAUCAGAUAAUGAAAGCAAAAAUGAUACAGUAUCUUCAAACUCAANCAAUAAUACUGGAAAUUCUACAACUGAGACCUCCAGUACCUUAGAGGUAAGAACUCAGGGUCCUAUCCUCACAGCAAGUGGCAAAAAUCCUGUGAUGGAGCUCAAUGAAAAAAGAAGAGGUCUCAAGUAUGAACUCAUCUCAGAAACCGGUGGAAGCCAUGACAAGCGCUUUGUAAUGGAGGUAGAAGUAGAUGGACAGAAAUUCAGAGGUGCAGGUCCAAACAAGAAAGUGGCCAAGGCAAGUGCAGCACUAGCUGCCCUGGAGAAGCUGUUUUCUGGACCCAAUGCGGCAAAUAAUAAGAAAAAGAAGAUCAUUCCUCAGGCAAAAGGUGUUGUGAAUACAGCAGUAUCUGCAGCAGUCCAGGCAGUUCGGGGCAGAGGAAGAGGAACUCUGACAAGAGGAGCGUUCGUGGGGGCUACAGCAGCUCCUGGUUAUAUAGCUCCAGGUUAUGGAACCCCAUAUGGUUACAGCACAGCUGCCCCUGCAUAUGGUGGUUUUUUCAUUGACAGCCCCUAUUGCCAGCCUCUGAGCGUCGCACCAUUUAUUAUUCACUUGGGCCCUCAAGAUUUCUUCUCUGACUUCUAGAACCAUCAGGUUAAUACUUUUAAGCAGUUUUCAGCACGUUUAUCUCACUUUAUUCUCGUUCUCCUCGGACCUCCGUAGCCAUAUCACUUGUAUAAAAUAGGCUGAGAUAUAGUGACUGUAAGCUGUGAUCUCAGUAUUCAAAGGUAAGCUCUUUUAUUUUCUGAUUAAAGAAAACAAUAACCAAUUAACACAACCUGCAUAUAUGACAAUCAUAUGAUGUAUUUGAUCUCUUAGGUCUUAUGUCACUGCAUUAACUUUAAAUUUUUAUGGUCUAAAUGUAAAAUAGUAAUUUCCAGCAUUUGUUUUAAUACUCUUGUAAAUGCUUUAUAUUCAAGAGAAACAUUUCACAUUCACUGAGUCCAGUGUAUGUGGGUAGAGUUGUAGGAUAUAAUGUAUAUGUAAUUUAUACAUAGCAGAGGCACCUGUUUGAAUAUUAACAAUUCAGUUGUAGGAACACUAUCUAAGCAGAGUCAAAAUGACAGGUCACUGUCUUGUUCAAGGAGCUAGGAUAUCAGAAGCAGUAAUGCUGGUGACAUUCUGUAGAAUUCAUGUGCAUUUGCUGCACAGGCUGAGGGGUUCAAGUGCCAAUCUCUCAAGAUCACCUCCUCUGACCUGUGUUGCAUGCUCCAAUACAGCAACAGCAAGAAGCCAUUAAAAAAAAAAGCAAUAGAGAAUCAAAGACAAAACUAUAAACUGUGGGAAAUAUGUAAUUGGCUGAGUUAAGCUAAUUAUUUGCAGAAUCAACUUGAGCAAGUCUCAGAAAAGCAAAUACUGAGUCUGCAGAAACCAAAUCUGCUUAAGGAAUCAGAUUAUCUAUCUAUCUAUCUAUCUGUCUGUCUGUCUGUCUGUCUGUCUCAAGUUAGGAAGCUAGAAUAUUAUUUCUCACUGUAUUCAACAGAGUUCAUUUAAAGGAUAUCAGUAUUAGGCCAAACCUUAAUCCACAAAUACACCUAUAUGUUAGCUGUUAUGUGCUAAAGCUGUAUGUGUGUGUGUAUAUGUAUAAAUGAAUUUUAUGCUUUACAUUUCUUUCUAUAGCAGUUUCUGUUCAUCUCUAGCAUUAAGGCUGCUGGAACUUUGUUCUCACACAGAACCUGCAGUUCAUGAGGUCUGCUUCUGUUAAAGGCUGUACAAAGCAGAGCAGAGAAGUGCAGUGCACUGUAGUCCUGUUCCUGCUGAUGCCAGGUCCUUUUCUGGGACCAGGGAACAGAGGCUAUGAUCAGUGGAAGCAUCUUAAGUCUCAAAGUUUUCUGAUGGAAUUCCUGAUGGAAUUGGCCUUGUUGUAAAUAAAUACCCUACUUUGGAAGAUAGUAUAUUAACAGUGGCAAAAGUUAUUAAUUCAUUUAGUAGCGUAAUUAUAAAAUUCUGAAUAUUUGUAGGCUUUUUAACACCACAAAAUCGGUAUUACUUGAGGAUUUCCUCAAGUAGCAUAUUUUCCCUGGCAUUCUUGAUGGUCUGAACUUUGCUCUGGUUAUGCUACUCAUGUUCUGUCCAAUUGGGUGGUCAGAAAAUGAGAAGCUCAGCACCACUUCAGCCCUGCUUUUGGCAUCUCUUUGUAUAGUCCUUCAAAGAACUCAAUGGGAAAUGUAAACCCUGACUACAUUCUUUCAAUGGCAGGUGAGUGUUACUGUUAUAAGAAAUCACUUGCUGUAAUUGUCCUGGUUUUUAUUUUUCACUAAUGAUAGGAGUGGAGAAAAAAGAGUCAGUACUAAGUUUUUCUUUCCAAGCUGAUUGGAGCCUGUAACUAGGGACAUUGUAAACAGAGUGACAUGUGAAAGCAGCCUACUCUGAAUGGUCUGCCUCUCAUUUCCACUCUUUUAGUGCCACCUCAAGUCACCUAGAGAUAGAAAGAUGCCAUAGUAUUUAGCCUUGUUCUCUGCAACAUCUGGUAUCAUACAGCUAGGCAUCAUGAUUCUUUAGUGUGACUAGGAGGCUUGGGGAGGGAAAUGGGUGGAAUGUCAAUGAUAACAGCAGGCCCAAGUACCUGCUGACUUGAUGAACUUGAUGAAGCACGAGUGUGUUUUUCUGUACCACCUAACUUACAGAGCACAGUAUAGUCGAUUUAAGAUGAGUUCCCCCUUUUACAAAAUAGUAUUUUGCAAAAAGACUGUUUUAAGUAAAGAAUUCAUGUUGGGUUAAUUGUAUAAAUAAGUAUCCUUUUCCACAUACCACUAUUUCAGUUAGGAGCUAACAGCUUCCAUUAAUGUUUGAAGUUUUUAAAAAUGAACUAUAAUAUAAAUUUGUGUUAUGUAAGAUUUACAACACAGCUAGAGAUAUAGAAUAGAAAACAUGAGCAUCUGGGCCAAAGCAUUUCUCUCACUCCAGCUCAUUUCUGUGGAACUCGGAUUAUCUCAUGACUUUAUAUAUUCAAAGCUUUUAAUGGUACCUGAUACACAGCAAGUACUCUGUGAAUGCUGACUCUGCUGUUCUGAUCAAGCUGGGGGAAGGAUGUGAGGGAAGUGAGGCUAUGUUGGUUAAGCAACAGGUGCAUGGCCUGCUCAGGGCAGAGUUGUGCUUACUCCUUUACUCACCGACUUGGCAGAACAGAUUUGCCCAUAGUUGUGCUGCAGCAGUUAAAUCAGCCAACUUGCAGCCCAGGGUUUGUAAAUACUUGUUUAGGAUUUAUGGGUGCUUAGAAUUUCACAAGGGCUGAACUUAGACCAUCUACCUGCCAAUUCAAGCUUCUUACCCAUACUUUAGUAAUAAAAAAUCUACAACAACCAGAAUCAAAUUUUCAAGGCUUGUGUGUUUGUUGGUAAAGAGCAAAUUAUUAUAGGAAGCAUGCUUAGGAUGCUGUUGACUCAUUUUCUGUGAGGAGUUCUUGUACCUUGUAUCACGCUGGGCCAUUUGGUGGAACACAUGUAUACUCAUCAGCGUGUGAUGCCUUCCUUCUGUCUGAUACUCUUAGGGCACUAUUCUGUUUCUAUCUCUAUAUGUUUAUCUACCUAUUUGGAUAGAAUUGGGAAGUUUCUUUUUAUUACAAGGACAAGUGUGUCGAUAGUGAAGUUCCUGCUGCUCAACUAAGUAAAGGGCUUGUAUCUACCAUGGAAGUGCUGGCUCACACAUGCUUGCAAAGACUUGAGCACAGAAGAGGGUGGACAGGUUGAGUCCCUGGCUGGUAGGAGGUGAGUUAUGUGGAAUCAUAGAUUGAAUUCCAACAUGCUGUAAUUUUAGAAAAAACUGUGGACAAGGAUUACAUUUAAGAAGGCUAGUGAGUUAGACUUGUGUUACCUAGUAACCAUAUUUCUGUUUAGCCAAAACUGUUGGUAGUUCUUCAUCUCACUUAGCCAACAUUUGAAGCAAGGUUCUUAAUGUAGGCAUGCAUGCAUACACACCAACAAACAACCCCUGCCAAUAACAACAAUAAUAACAACAAUCUAAAAAUAAACUACAACAAAACAACCCUGACCAGUUAUCAGGAGGAUCAUGGCCUUUCUUCCUAGAACUUUAGCAUUUGUGUAAGUGGCUUUCUUGCCUCACAAGAGGGUGUCAUAAAGAUUGCCCCCAUUGCAGUGAAGAAGAAUGGUCCACAUCUUCUCUUUGCUGCUGCAUGGCCAUCAGUGGCACAUGGCCUGAGCACAGUUGCAGUUAGGAUGUUGCUGGCCCUCUUUGUUCAAGAUUCUCCUUCCUAAAACUAACUAUUCCAAGUAGUUCAGUUAGUGGUAGUCUUUGUGUAGGACUUAGACUUGGCCAACAUUUUGACAUCAUAACAUAUUGUCAUCUACAGUGUUCAUGUGACAGCUGUGUAAAAUACCACAAAAAUUGACAGGAACUAUUUUGGGGUCAGGAGCUAUUUUGGAGUGUGAGUAGCAGAUUUAAGAAGCCAGAAUGGGAAAGAGGAAGGAAGGAACAUUGCUAGAAUUGGUAUUGUGAGCAUAUGUGGCACUGGGACAUUCUUAAUUCUCAGUCAGCCCUCCUGGAGGUACUGUUAUUUCGGAUCUAGACAUGAAUCUAAUAUUCAGGGUUAACUGCUAGAGACAGGAAUGAAUCCCAUCUGUUUUUUGUACCAAAGCUCCUCUCUGCUCAGCAGGCUACAAAUUAUAAGGCAGCAGUGAAAGCUGGCCUUAUUUCUAGGCCUCCUGUAUUAAGCAUAUUUCUGAGCAGAACAGAAUACAGGGAUUUUUG